CAAGUCAAAGGUGAUCGUUUUUUGUGGCAAGUCUUGUUUAGAGUGUCCUGGGAGUCCUGAGGGCCCGCACCUGCCUUGGUCUCCCCUUCUGGGCUCUCUCUGGUAGAAUUUGCAGAUGGCUUCCGGUCCUUGAUGACUGGAGCAGGACUCUGGUACAUCCGCUUAGCUUCUAUGGGCAAGGUGCCCUCCCCUGCCUCCGAUGCCAGGCGCCUACAGUGAAACAGCACCUGCCCCUGGGAAGCUUCCAGGGGGUCAGUCCUGUACGUCUACAAGCCGACAGUGAAUGGGCCAUAAAUACAAGAGCUGACGCUGAAUCCGCCUGAGGGAAUCGUGGCAGGCCCGAUGAAUGAAGAGAACUUUUUUGAAUGGGAAGCCUUGAUCAUGGGCCCAGAAGACACCUGCUUUGAGUUUGGUGUCUUUCCUGCCAUUCUAAGCUUCCCCCUGGACUACCCGCUCAGCCCCCCGAAGAUGAGGUUCACCUGUGAGAUGUUCCACCCAAACAUUUACCCUGACGGAAGGGUUUGCAUCUCCAUUCUGCACGCUCCAGGAGACGACCCCAUGGGCUACGAGAGCAGCGCCGAGCGCUGGAGCCCGGUGCAGAGCGUGGAGAAGAUCCUGCUCUCGGUAGUGAGUAUGUUGGCAGAGCCCAAUGAUGAGAGCGGUGCUAACGUGGAUGCUUCGAAAAUGUGGCGGGAUGACCGGGAGCAGUUUUACCGCAUUGCCAAGCAGAUCGUGCAGAAGUCCCUGGGGCUCUAGGACCCCUCCUUCCCUGCCCUGCCCCACCCCAUCCCCACCCCUGAGACAUAGUCACAGCUGCGAGUCCCCUGCGGUCCCUCCGCUGGGGCGCCUGACGCUCCUUGCAUUGGAUGGAUAGAGGCUUCUGCACUCUGGGAGUGUUCCUCCGACUGGGGCAUCCUGGCCGCUGGGCACGGCCCUUCCUCUCUGCAGAGGUGGCUGGGGAGCCAGGCUUUGGGUGGAGCAAAGAACCCGAGGAGAGGCCUGGGUGCGGAAGCCGACUCUGGGUCCAUUGACGGGUCUUGACAUGUGCCACAUGGGAAGCUCAUUCUGCAAUCACUUUCUGUCCUUACUGUUUGACAAAUAUAUGUUUUUCUUAUCACCCAGUCGAUGAUCGUUUUUUCAGGUGUGCAUUACUGUCAGCCCCAGGGUUGUUGGCAGGUGGCCUUUUUUGCAAUGUGAGUCAACAGAGAGGGGCCGGGGCGGAGUGGGCUGAAGUGGGAAAAUGCUUCAUGAACGCAUCUUAAAAAGCCCAGAGGUCUUUGGGUCACAUCUCUGCUCUGGUCAGCCGUGUCGGCAUACUUGGGCCAUGAGUUCUGGCAGAGGCUGCCUCUGGGAGAACCAGGCCUUACCCAGGGCCUGCAGACUUGGAAGGGUUUGGGAAUUCUUGUCUGCUCUGACCCCUCUCUCCAAGGCAAGGUGGCGGUUAAGCAGGCUAGGAGGGCUUCCCCAUUGGAGCCCCGGUGGACACUUGAGUUUGCAGCCCAGCGCCGAGAGCUGAGAUUCUAAGCAAUAAUGAAUUCUUUGCCUGCAGAAUCAGUGACUUGGGUCUGCUUUUAGCAGGUAAAAUUUGAAUGGGAAUUUCUAUUUUUUAAAGACAAGCAAUAAAGGGUGUUGUAUGAGCUAUUCAUCCAUAGAUGGGCAUUUACUCUGCCCUAAUUCUUCCCUUCAGCUCCAUUUUCUAGGGAACUCACUAAAACCCCUCCCCCAGUUUUAUGGGAUUAGAUGCCAUUGGAGCUGCCCCCAUUCUCUUUUUUCCUGAAGGGGAUUUUUUCAGUCUGAAGUAAAUGCUGUAGGGUGGAGGGAGGGUUAGGAGCGUGCCCUGAGUAGUUUUUGCAGACGCCCCCAAGCUGGGUGAGGUGUUGAGGGUAGCUGAGCUUCAGAGUUCAGAAGAGAGGGCAGAGGAAGCUGUUGUUCAAGAGGGGCUGAAGAGCUCAGAAGGUACUUUUGAGACUGAAAAGCUUUUUCAACAGCAAAGUGUUUUUAUGCAUUUGUAUUGAUUUUCAGUGCCGCCCCCAUGCUGGUUCCUUAUUUUAUGGUGGAAUUUAAUUGCUUUGUUAAAAAUAAAGGUGCCUAUUGAUCCCUGUGCA